AUGCCGCAAAACGCAUACCCCGCACCGCUGGUCAUCCCGCCUUUCCAUAACGACCAUACACAUACCAUCAUUGCACUUCAUGGAAGAGGGAGUAAUGCUGAGCGGUUUGGUCACGAGAUUAUGGCAUCAGCUGAUCUGCAAUCUCGACUCCCAACUGUGAAAUUCGUUUUUCCAACGGCCUCUAAACGUCGAUCGACAAUACUCAAGAGGGUUCCAAUAAAUCAGUGGUAUUACAACUAUUCGCUUGAUGACCCUGUCGAGAGAACGAAACUACAGAUUGACGGCCUUUGUGAGACUGCUGAGUUUAUUCGCGACUUGAUCACAAAGGAAGCGCACAUUCUGGGCGAGGGAGGCUACCGCAAUAUCAUUUUGUGGGGCCUAAGCCAAGGCUGUGCUGCCGGAAUCUUCACGGUUUUGGGUGGCUGGUAUGACAUGAGUGAAGCCAACACCCUUGGGGAAUUUGUUGGGAUGAGCGGGUGGCUGCCGUUUGAGCAGCAUCUGCGUGAGAUUCUUCGAUGUGAUGACAAACCGGAACUGGCCGACAUUAGCGAUAUCAAAACGCAGUCAGGCACUCAUGAUGCAUAUUAUCAUGACGCGAGUGAAGGGGAUAUGGCCAGUGAUGAAGAUUCGGAAAGAGACGAUUUUCUUAGGUUUGAGUUAGAAGAUGAUCCAUUUCAGCGACCUGGCCAAGUUCAUGAUGACUUCAAUCCAUUUAUGGAGGACACAGAAGUGAAAGUCCCUGUGCCUAUCCAAGCUAUUGACUACAUCCGGGAUAUCCGUGAUCUUCCUAUGCUCGCCAAAGAUGAAGAGCCACAAUCGCCAUCUAAUCUGUGUCAACUUCAAACACCAGUGUUUAUUGGCCACGGCUCAAAAAUCUUAAGGUUUCCGUGCGCCUUGGUGAGAAAAUGUCUCGAGUCCUUUCUAUUGGGCUGGGAAUGA